UUCCAAUUUUUGUGUGUCUUUUUACGUUUAAAAAUGUCAACUCAUUCAUUCAAAAAUAAAAGUUUCAUUUUCGACCUCAAACUCUUUAUUCGUUACAUUCAAAACCGGUAAUCAUCAUAGGCCGACGUACUAGAUUUUCCGUUUGAAGUUUCGCACAUUCGAUGUGACGUUUAGUGAAUUGAAUGUUUUACGCAAAACCGUGUACAACAUCCAUCAUAAUGAUUUUUGUUUGAUUCGCAUCAAAAGCAUCUCACUCUCUCAACCAAAUACUGUGCUCCGAUUGACUGCAAAUUUUUUUUUUCAUUGUUAUUUGUAUUGUAAAAUUGAAUCGGAUUUUUUUUUCAUUGAAACCACGAACAAAAUUGGUAAAUUGUAAAAUUAGGAUCGGAAUUUGUAUAAAACGAAAUUAGCAGUGCAGCAGAAUGGAUACGGCAAUCGAUGUAAAAACACUUGAAGAAGCUGUAACCGUAUUUUAUCGAUCGGGUGCACAACAACAAUCAGCGGCACAUGAUUGGCUUACCAAAGCCCAAUUGAGCCCGCAAGCAUGGUCAUUUGUGUGGGAUCUAAUGCAACUCGGCAAAUCAUCAGAGAUCCAAUUUUUCGGAGCAACAACGCUGCAUACAAAACUACUGAAACAUUGGCAUGAGGUACCGAAAGAGAAUCGAGAUGAGCUUCGACAAAAACUAUUCCAAUCGAUUAUUGUUUAUGCAAAUGGGCCCAAAAUUGUGCUCAAUCGCCUGUGCAUCUCGUUGAGUGCAUUCAUCGUUCACAUGAUUACGGAGCAUCCAAAUGCAAUUGAAGAUAUCGUGAAUACAUUUCAAAGUGAACAAAUGCCAAAUGUCAACCAAGAAACACAGUCGUGGAUUUUAAUGGAAAUUCUCGGAGCCGUUCCCGAAGAGACGAACGUAAUGUACACAUCAGUCCAAAGAGUGGCUGUGCAGGGUGAAAUUUGUAAGCGAACGCCGUUUGUAAUAAACACCGUGCAGCAGUUUAUUUUAUCAAAAUUGGAGGAAACUAUCAACGAUAAUGACAUGGCUACAUUACUUCGGGCGGUCAAAUGUUCGGAAGCUUGGUUAAAAAAUGGCAGUUUCCCCCUCGAUAAUUGCGAAAUUUUAACUGGAGCGCUAUUAAAGCUGAUAAAUAGGUGCUACUGGAACACAACCGACUCGGAGGGUUGCAUGACGUCUGAUGAAAAUGAACUAUCCGAGGCGUGUAUUAAAACUUUAACGACCGGAUUGAUUCAACCGGAUGCACAUCGAUUUCCGAACUCUGCAUUGCAUUUGCUCAACAUAAUCGUUGAGUCACUGUCGCACAUCACCAAAGCAGAAUGGAAGGAGAAUAAUCUCAAUGAAGAUAUUGCAUUCAAUAUAUACACACUGUUCAUAUCGUCGAUUGAAUGCCACUCCAGACUAUUAAUUCAGGGUGUGUUGAGCGAAAGCGAAGAACAUCGAAAUUUGUAUAUGCGGUUAAUACAAGAAGUACUAUCAUGCACUGAUAAGCCAGGCAUUUAUCCGGUUGAAGAGUCAUGCAGCAUUUUGGCAAUGGGCUUUUGGUAUAUGCUCCAGGAUGAGGUGCUGUCGAAUGACACCGUAAUGCCGAUCAAAAACAAAGGAUUAGAACUAAUCGGACCACUGUAUUCACAUUUGGCAAAAAUUCUCGUACGAAAAGCCCAACAACCCGACGAAAUUUCCAUCGAUAAAUGGACAGCGGACGAUUUAGAGACAUUCCGUUGCUAUCGGCAGGAUAUUUCAGACACGCUGCUUUACUGUUUCGAAGUGCUUCAUAAUCAUCUGUUGGAAAUUUUAAUCACAUAUCUCGAUGAGUGUAUCGUUAACAUUCAGCAUGAUCCCACCCAAUGGACACAGUUAGAAGCUUGUGUUUACGCCAUAUAUUCAAUAGCCGAACACAUUGAGAGCGACGAACGAACCGGAUUGCCAAAGUUUAUAAUGAUUUUAAGCGAAAUACCUUACGAUAAAUUGCAUGAAAAAUUAUUGGGAACGGCAUUAGAUUCGAUAGGUGCAUACAGUGAAUGGUUCAAAGAUAAUCCUACUUACAUUCCGCAAGCGAUUCGAGUAUUGGUUGUCGGAUUGAAUUCCAACCAAACCGCACAAGCGUCGCUCGGUUUGAAGGAUUUGUGCCGUGAAUGUCAACUCCACUUGAAACCAUACGCUGAACCUCUGCUUCAAGCCUGUUUGCAAGCCAUCAACAACGGUCAUCUGAUCAAUUCGGACGAAGUGCGUCUUAUGUACAGCAUUGGCAAGCUAAUGAGCAUGUUGCCACCUGAAGAUGUGCUUCGAUGGUUGGAUAUCGUGGUGUCACCUUGCUUCUCCGAAUUGCAAUCUCUUGUACAAAGCCAAACCUUAAAUGAGCCAAAUAAAGUGCGCACAAAUUUCCGCUUAAAUAUGAUUUCAACGUUAUUCUCAUCACUGAAUACCAAAGUCAAAAACGGUGAAGAUGAUGCUCAAGCCGUGGAAGCGAGCGAAUCAAUAACUCAACCGGUCUUACUCAUUAUGCAAAAGACAAUGCCGAUAUUCAAAGAUAUUGCAACGCUCUGGAUCAAUGAUAUGAACGUCAUUGAGGCACUUUGCUGUGGCUUAAAAUAUGCCAUCACCAAUUUAAUGGACGAUUUCCAACCAAUGUUGCCCGAUUUGUGUAAUCUGAUCGUGGCCAUUCUGCAAUCGAAAUGUGUUGCACCAGCUGUUGAUAUCGCAAAAUCAUGUAUAUUUUUGUACUACAAAACUCCAGCCUGUACGCCAAUCAUGCGGCAAUUAUUGAUUCAAGUGAUUUUGUACAAUUUCCAACUGAUCGAACAGACACCGGCCGCGGAUCGUUCGGGUAUUUCUGAUGUGCUCGAAUCAUUUUUGAGUUUCUGUGCACUCAUUGCGAAAAAAGUACCAAACGCCUUUGAUGACAAUGAAAUCGACUGCGAUAAAUUAGUUAGUUAUGCCAUAAAAGUAUUGGUAUUGCCUGAAAGCGGAGUGGCAAAACAUGCGGUGAUGUUCUUGCAACAUUUCAUCAUUCAAUCGCGAUCAUUUCGACAUGCAACUAAUGCUAUUUUGAAAAACGGCGAAGAAUUGAUUCAAACCACAUUGCUGUGUAUUGCCGUCUAUUCACAACGCACGCACGUCGAAGUGUUUGCCGAUGUAUUUGUGGCGCUCAACAAAAAAUACCCUGCCGAACUGAUUGCCUGGCUCAAAGUGUUGGAGGUCAACGAAUUUCCAACGGCCACCAUAUCGGCCGUGGAGAAGGAUCGCUUUAUGAAAGCCAUCAUUCGUGAAAAGGUGAACAAACGCUUAGUACAAGGAUUGAUUCGAGAAUUUGCCGCCAAAUGCCGUGAAAUAAUGAUUCAAAUUCCAUAGACAAGAAUGUAAAUGUCACAAUUACAAACCUCGAGUACAGCUACCCAUUUGGCAGCAGUUCAAUUGUCUAAACUUGGUCAAAGCCAAAAUAUGGUCGUUGUAAACGAUCAAACCGAUUUUUAAUUAACAUCUCGAUUUUCUAUGCCAUUUGUAUACAACUAAUCUACUGUACCAUUUCGAACAAUUUUUAUCGAACACUCUCAAUUUGAAAUGAAAAACAAAAAGUAAAACAAAAACAAGGAAAACCAUCAAUCGAUUAUAUAUUGGAAUACAUAUGUGAUUUUACGGAUAUUUAAAUUGUAAUGUAGUUUAGGAGACAGCUAAGCGAUUAAAUUGCAUAGAAUUUUGUGUAUUUUUAGUAGAUUUCAUAUUCAAUUGGAUCGAUGUACGUGUGUGCAUAUGUGGCGAGUCAUAGGAUUUUAGUGCGAUUUUCAAUAUGUAUUUAAUAUUUAUGAAUAAUUAAGGUGUGCUUUAACUAAAUGAAAAAUUGCAAAAACAAA